UGCAUCUUAAACCUUUACAAGGAGGAUGUUAAAUGUCUAUGAUUAGAGGUUUCCACCAUUUGACUAAAAUUGAGGAAAAUGAAAAAAAAGAAAUCGGAGGAUUAUUUCAAACGUCAGAUACCUACAGACAGAUCAAUCUAUGUGGACAACAAAGCCCCAGUCGGUGAGAGUCCGGAAGUGGUCAAACAUCAACAUCAGCACUACCCCAACAACAGGGUGGUCUCAUCAAAGUACACAGUUUGGAACUUCAUACCAAAGAAUUUAUUUGAACAGUUUAGAAAAAUUGCCAACUUCUAUUUCCUUUGUGUGGGAAUUAUACAGUUGAUAAUGGAUAGUCCUGUGAGUUCGGCCACCAGUAUAGUCCCUCUAGUGUUUGUAGUAACUGUCACAGCCAUCAAACAGGGGUAUGAGGACUGGUUACGACACAAAGCAGACAAUGAGGUCAACAAUAGAAAAGCAUUCAUCGUCCACAAUGGUGAGCUGACACAAAUAAAGGCACAGAACAUUAAGGUGGGAGACAUAGUGAAAGUGGAAGCAAAUCAAGGUUUCCCAUGUGACUUGGUGAUGAUAUCCUCCCAUGAUCCCGAGGGGAAAUGUUACGUCACAACAGCUAACUUAGAUGGCGAAACCAAUUUAAAGACUCAUUUUUGUGUUCCGGAGACGAAAAGGUUCCAGAAAGAAGGCGUAUUCACCGAUCUAUGUGCCAACAUUGAAUGUCCGAAACCUAUUGCAGAUCUCUACAAGUUUAUUGGUCGUAUAAAAGUGUACAAUGAUUCCCACCAUGUUCUGAAAUCCUUGGGACCAGAAAACAUCCUGCUUCGGGGAGCCAGACUUAAAAAUACACCUUUUGUAUAUGGUUGUGCAAUUUAUACGGGUCCAGAUACAAAAAUGGCCUUGAAUUCAAAGGCCAAAAGCACCAAGUUUUCCAGAGUUGAAAGAGGUAUGAAUAAGUACCUGAUUACAUUCCUUGUGAUCUUGUUGUUGGAAGUAUUAGCGAGUACUAUUCUUUCGUACUGGUAUAUGGGUCAGGACAGUGUCGGGAAUCCAUGGUACAUACCAGAUGCCAAGCAGGAUGUAAAUGCUAAGAAUGUGAUAUCAGAUUUUCUCUCCUUCAUGAUUCUUUACAACUACAUCAUUCCUAUUUCUUUGUAUGUUACUGUUGAGAUCCAGAAGUUUGUGGGUUCUAGGUUUUUGCAAUGGGAUUUAGAAAUGUAUGAUGAGGAUUUAGAUAACGCUGCCCAGGCCAACACAUCCGACCUAAACGAAGAACUCGGUCAGGUGGAGUACCUGUUUACUGAUAAGACAGGGACAAUGACAGAAAACGACAUGCAAUUCCGACGGUGUUCAAUUAAUGCAAUCAAAUACGAGGAAAUUGGUGGACAUUUACACGAGAUGGCGCCACAUGGAGGACAGAGCACCCCUGUGAUUCGACUCACGGCUGAGAUAGACGAGUUUCUGGAGUUACUUGCCCUUUGUCACACUGUACGGGUCGAUCACAGCGAAGCGACAGAGACGGGGGCGUCGACCCUCUAUAGUAUCACUGGGAUGGACUACGAGUAUCAGUCCUCGUCUCCUGACGAGAAAGCUUUUGUAGAAGCCUGCUGCAGGUACGGAGUUGUUUUUCACGGUAUCAGAGACGACCAUUUAGAGGUAACAUUCCACGGAGAGAUGCGGAGAUACAGAUUGCUUCAUGUUCUGGAGUUUGACGCCACAAGGAAAAGAAUGAGUGUCAUCAUCCAGAGAGAAAACGGUGAGAUUGUGUUGUUGUGUAAGGGAGCUGAAACAGCUGUAUUGAAGAUUGGAAUUUCUGGGGAAAUUGACAGAACCUAUGAUCACAUUCACGACUAUGCGGUGCUUGGACUGAGAACAUUGACCCUAGGCAAGAGAGUGUUGGCACCAAAAGAAUAUGAGAGGGUGAAUGGCAUGUUGACUGAGGCCAGGAGUUCAUUUGACGGUUGGGAUGAAAAGUUGCAAAAGGCCUUCCUAACGGUGGAAAAAGACCUCCACAUUCUCGGUGCCACUGCUGUGGAGGACAGGCUCCAGGACGGUGUCCCAGAAACCAUCACCACUCUACGCAGAGCAGGCAUCAAGGUGUGGGUGUUGACUGGUGACAAGGAGGAGACGGCAGUCAAUAUCAGUUAUUCUGCUGGACACAUCAUCAAUGGAAUGGAGGAACUUCGUGUGACAAAAGCCACGUGUGCUGAUCACAAGAGAUGUGGGGAGGAAAUCGCUAAACAUAUCCACAGAAUUCAAGAUUGGAGUCCUUCCAGCCAGCAGUUUGUGUUGAUCGUAGACGGCUUUAGCCUGACUUUUGCCCUUGGAGAGCAUACUGAAGUAUUCCGAGAACUAUGUCAAAAGUGUGCAGCCGUUUUAUGCUGUAGGAUGUCCCCAUUACAGAAGGCUGAGGUUGUGAAGAUGAUGAAGACUGCCAGCCAUGCCCCUGUAACAGCAGCUUUAGGAGACGGUGCUAAUGACGUCAGCAUGAUUCAGGAAGCACAUGUUGGAUUAGGAAUCAUGGGAAAAGAGGGGAGACAGGCUGUUCGUAACAGUGACUACGCAUUCGCCAAGUUCCGGUUUUUACAGCGUCUUCUUUUAGUCCACGGCCAUUAUUAUUACCACCGACUGACAACUCUAGUUCAAUAUUUCUUUUACAAAAAUGUAGCAUUUAUCACCAUGCAGUUCUUCUUUUCCUUUCAAUCUGAUUUUUCCCAACAGUCCGUGCUGUCAACCUCCCAUCUGAUGCUCUACAACAACACGAUGACUUCCCUCCCCAUUUUCAUAUACAGUUUGCUUGAACAACAUAUAUCACAACGAGAUCUCAUCGAAAAUCCACACCUAUACAAAAAUAUAACAAGAAAUCGUAAAUUAGACAAAAGGAACUUUUUACAAUGGUUUGUAUUAGGAUUAUGGCAUGUCGUUGUGUUCUUCUUUGGUGUUGUGUUUUUGUUUGGAAACGAUGUCUCACUGUGGCCUGAUGGGAAGAUGAUGGGACUUUCGAGCUUUGGCACAAUAGCGUAUACAAUCUGUGUUAUUACAGUCAAUUUGAAGCUGUGCUUGGAGACGUACUACUGGCCACUUCCUAUGUUCAUGGCUUAUGUCGCCACUGGUGUGGUCAAUAUGUGCUUGACUUUCAUGGACAACAUGAUCAUAUGGCCGGAGUUUAUACAGUCACUGCAGGACAACUAUAAAGUGUACACCACCUGUCUGUCCAGUGGUACCGUCUGGUUAAGUAUCAUGUUGCUGCCAGUCAUAGCCCUGUUCCCAGACGUCAUCAUCAGGGUGGCCCGAGACACAGACUACUGACAAAUAAGCUGACAUUUCAGGGGUGUCAACAAUCUAGUUUAAAGUCAGCAUUUUGCAAAUUCUAUGUUCGUUAUAACGAUCUAGUUUACCGAUACACCCUGUCAUUGUGUUUACAGAUUUGGUUUAUUGUACACUCUAUAUUUGGUUUCCAAAAAAAUUGGCAUAAAGUUUAGAAUUUACUUAGGUGGGCCUGUUUACCGUAACUAAAUUAAGAAUAUUGGCCUUUUGAUUUGUUUUUGUUUUUAAUUGUUGAAUAAAGUAAAGAUUUUAGAAUUGUUUCAUAUUUCAUGGCAGUUGUUUUUUUUAUCCCAUAAUUUGUGGUAGAUUUUUAUUACCAGUACAUGUAAAUUUGAAGGAAAAACACACAAAACUAUGAUGUGAAAGGCGAAUAUCACGAACGGGGUGAGACAAACCAUGACAAACUAUGAAGCAAACAGGAAAAUAGGUAUACAGCCGGAUCAAGCUGAUGCAGUGGAUAAAUAGUGAUAUGAAACAGCACUAAAAUCCAACAACACCAGAUACCUAGAGGUAUCGGAUCCGCAUAAUGGAUACAAGGUCAUUAAAAUUUUAUAUAAAGCAGCGAUAUGACCAACGACACGAACAUUCGAGAAUUCCUAGGGAUGACCCGUCCCAGAAGUCCUCAGAAGUCCUAGGGAUGACCCGUCCCAGAAGUCCUAGGGAUGGCCCGUCCCAGAAGUCCUAGGAAUGACCCGUCCCUUCCUAAGGACAAACGAAUAAGUUUAACUAACAAGAAUAUAAAUCAAGUACCUAUUUGUUUCAACUCGCAACUGCAUUCUAUGAGUGGACUAUAAAUAAAAAGAAUAAAUUACAUAUUUGAAAAUCCAUGAGGGUGUGAACUGCAGUGCUUCACAAUGGCCUACUUCAUGAAGUACUAAAGCGUGUCGUGAAGCUUGCAGGCGUGAAACCGCAGUCCAUGUAUUUUCGGCAAUGAAAUUCAUUUCUUAAAUAGCUCGAAUCAAUUUUCAAAUCGAGGCAAGCUACUGGUCAAUACCUUGCUUUUACAGAGGUUUCAACAAUCUCCCUUGAAGUUAGCAUUUUACAAAUAAUGAUAUUAUCUGCAAAAACAACCUGUCAUUUGGUGGAAAGAUUUCUGUUUCAUACCAAUUGUUAGGCUGCUCAUGACGAGUGUGAGCGGUCAACAGAGGGUGCUUAUCCCUCCUAGAAAAUGUCCAUGGUUUAUUGGAGAACACUUGGCAACAGGUUCUACUUCUUAUUUACAAUAUACCCGGUUAAAUACGCGUAUCGACAGAAAUUAACCCAGAACAGCAGGUUCACUGAAAGCUGUUAAAAUUCCAGUGUUGUAUAAAGAUUUACAAAAAAUCGGAUUUUAGUUUCUCCCGUCUGUCAUUUUUUAAUUCAUAGAUGUAUGUAAAUACGAACAUUAAGUUGCCAUAUUCUGAUAUUUGCGUUUAUAUCCACCCAGUAAAUUGAAAAUUUUCAGCAACACGACACCUGUAUGACACAACAUUUGAAGCAUUGUUUUGGCUUCUUAUUUAUAGAAUACAUCGCAAUAUGUCUUGUGUACAUUGGUUGCCAUAGUGGGGGUUUUUCUGCAGAAGCCUUUAGCAAAUAAGAUAAUGUUUUGGAUUAUAUGCUUGCCUGGAGGCAUAAAAUUCAAUUCACAUUAUAUGUUUCAGAGUUUGCGCCAAGAUAGAUGAAAAAUCAGCAAAUUCAUUCCCUAACGAAAUUAACCGGUCAGUCAGCCUGAUAAAUGUUAUCAAACCGUUCGACAAUUGUGGUCAGUAGACAAGUGGUCGAAAUUAUGAACAGUUAACAAAACUUAAAAUAAACGCCUGUCACAGGUACUUCUCGUGUCAAUAGCUUUAUAUAGUAUGUUGGUAAAGUAUGCUUAUCUUAAUCAACUGCAAUGCAUAAGCUUAUUCUAUGUAUCAACUUAAAUCUGUAGUCUUAAAACUGUGAUUAUUCUAGUGAUGAAUUUAAUGUAUUUAUGUAUAGUAAUGUGUCAUUACUUGAAUGAAUAAACGUAUUGAAGUAAG